UCCGUGCGCCGCACAACAACAAAAGGCGCAGACGGGCCGGCGGGGCGGCGGCAGCACCGGAGGCCGGCGCCGCGCUGUUCCCGACUCGCCGCUCCCUCCGCCCGCGCCGCCCCGGUCCCGCGGAGCGAGGCGCUGCUGCUCCGCCGCCGCCGCCGCCCGCGCCGCAGGUCCGGCCCACGGAUAAUGACUCUCCUCCCCGCCUAACCUGAACACGCACCUUGUGCACUUUAAUCUCCUGUCAGUGCCAUCAGGCUGACCGAAGACAGGGUUCUGAAAUCUCAGCUGUACGGGCAUCCAGCCAAAGUCUCAAUCUUGCCUUAACAAUGUUCCAGAGACUGAACAAAAUGUUUGUGGGUGAAGGCAAUACUUCCUCCAACCAAGAACCAGAAUUCAGUGAGAAAGAAGAUGAUGAAUGGAUUCUUGUCGACUUCAUCGACACUUGCACUGGGUUGUCGGCAGCAGCAGAUGAGGAGGAAGACAUCAUUGAAGAGUCACCUACCGAACAUCCUUCCGUCUUUUCCUGUUUACCUGCAUCUCUUGAAUGCUUGGCUGAUGCAAACGAUUCCUGCUUCCUCCAGUUUGAGUCCUGCCCCAUGGAAGAGAGCUGGUUUAUCACCCCUCCACCGUGUUUCACUGCAGGAGGCCUGACCACUAUCAAGGUGGAAACCAGUCCUAUGGAAAACCUGCUCAUCGAACAUCCCAGCAUGUCUGUCUAUGCCGUGCAUAACUCCUGCCCUGGUCUCAGUGAGGCCAGCUGUGGGGCUGACGAACUUCAUAAUCCAAGCAGUCCCAGAGUGGAAGCUCAGAACGAAGUGGGGCCGCACAUUCACUGCUAUGUGGCAGCUGUUGCUGCGCACGCAGCUUUUCUGGAACAACCCAAGAGCCUCCGCCCCUCCCAGUGGAUAAAAGAACACAGUGAAAGGCAGGCUCUGAACAGAAAUAGCCUCCGUCGCCAAAACCUUACCAGGGAUUGCCACUCCCGGCAGGUCAAGCACAGCGGCUGGGCUGUCCAUCAGCCCUGCCCACGUCAGUACAAUUACUAAGAAUUUCAAGUGUGGUUGGUUGGUUGGUUGGUUGCUCUUGGUUUGUACAUAUGUGUGUGGAUGUGUGUGUUUGGAUGUGAAGUCUCUUUACAGCCACUUGGUGACCAAUCACAUAGUCGUUUUAUUAGUGCGUUUAGACACUAUCUUGAAAACCAGAUUUACAUGCUGUGGAUCACAUAAUGCCUUGCUCUUAACAUUUACUUUUUGGUAAAUAUUUUCAGAAUAUUUUUGGAAACAUAUCAAUACAAUUACAGUGUUUGGUAAUGUCUUUAAAUCUAUUAAAAUGUACAUGAAUUAGCAUUUUAAAGACAUUUCUUCUCAAGUAUGAGAAUAGGCAUCUUUCAAUUUCAUUUUAUUUUGUAUUACUUAAUCAAUCUUUUGAGUAAACAAAAAUUUAUUCUCAGGGUCAGCCAUACACUUUAUUGACCAGUACUUGAUAAUCUUUUCUGUAUAUAACGAAUACAUUUUUACACACUAACAUGAGCAUUAACAGGUUAUAGUUGCCAUAGUUAUAAUGGAAUUAUGGCUGAAUUGUCUUUUGAAAGAAAACUUGAUAUAUUUCUCUGUGUGUGGUGUUUAGUUUUGUUUUUCCAGAUUAGCCAUGCAGUUCAUUUUGGAAUUCAGGUACAUUAAGUGUUAGUGAACAGUGCAUUCAGUAGUUCCGGUGUGACCGUGACGUGGUACAGACAUUAACAGGUAUCGUGGGACGAAAGCACUUGUCGCACACGCAGAGGGAUUAAAGCAGACCUGUGACGUUGUCAUUGGGAAAUGUGUGUCCAUAGCUCACCCUUCAGUGCACGAUUUAAGUUGUUGGGAUUCUUCCCUGCCAGCUCUGCCCACUCGCCGCCUCAUCAGCUGUAAAUUCGGAAGUACUUGUCCAGGCACUGAGUGGCUCCUAGGUAGACCCGCCGCAGGGGAAGGCGCUAGGCUUUGGAUUUCUGGUACAGUCGCAAGCGAGGGUGCAGGGUCCUUGGGAUGUCUUCUCACGGUGUCCAAAGGAAGAGUGACAGGUUGGCUUCUCCGUUUUCAUCUUUGACGUCUGGCUUCAGGCGGAAUCUUGAACCACUCGGCUUGUUUCCUCCACCCACAGGGGAGCAGGCAGAGGUACCUCCCUCACAGCGGAUUUGAGUGUGAAACUCCCAGGGCCCCUCUGCUGACCUAGUGAUGGGGAGGGGCCGUGGCAGUUCUCCUGCCACACUGUUCUUUCGAGAGUUGGUGCUAAUGAGGCCGGAGUGCAGCGUUCGAUGCCCAGGGAGGUCAGUUAACCGACACGGAGAAGAUCUUUCUUGCCGCUAGACAGUCACUUUAUUUUUCAGCAGUUGUGCUGGGUUCUGCCGAGCCAGCCACUCGCUGAUGUCUUCGGAAAUUAAGUUAAGCACACAUUGACAAUCCAAAGCACGUUCUGCUGACAGACAGGAGUAUCGCCUUCAAAAUCAAACCCCUUCUUUUCCCAUCUCUCCUGCAAACCUGAUUGAUUAAGCACACGUCCCUACAAUGUUUCCAGGGGGAAAGCAGCAGAUAGCUAUGUGAAGUCUGACUGUCUCUCAGUGACCCGCGCGCUCCCUGCGGGGAGCCCUGGAGCUUUUCUUCCAGGGAAGCUGUGCGCUCUGACCAGCCUGGGUGCGGGCUCAGGAACGUCAGGUCGUGUAGCAGAUGGUGGCGUGAGGCUGUCCCUCCGCUGGCGUUGACGAAGGGCCAGGAGUGUCUCUCCUUUCCCCUUUCCAUUUCCACGACCCCUUUAUUUAUUUGUUUUCUAAUAGGGGCCAAGUCUGUCAAGUGUUGUUGAACUGAGCUAGAAGUUAUUUGUCCUCUUUGUGUUUACCUGAGUUGGGAGAUAAGGUAGUUUUCAGGAGGGUGUGUAUGUUUUCACAUGUAUCUCUUAUAGGGCCAUAUAUUGGUAACUUGAAAAAAGACCAGCUAAAUGUUUCUUGAUGUAAGCCUCUGAGUACAUGGGCAUCUCUCCAUAUAUUACAUGCAGGUUGUUAGUACCUCACGAGCUAUAGCAGGUCAGCCUUGAGAAUUUACUUGGUAGCAUGAACAGAUUUCUAUAUAAAACUGAGUGGCCCUUUUUUAUUUUUUCAGAUUUCCUGAUACUUUAAACACAUUUACAUCUCUAUCAGUUAUUGUCUUCUUGUUUUCCUUAUCUGGACCUUUUUUUUAUGCAUUGUUCCUGGAAGACAAAUGAUUUUAGUCUUUGGGAUAUUUUUUCAGGGUAAGGGCUACCACACCAUCUGUGAUAUAUUGUGGUUUCUGUCUAAAAUUGGCACAUAUAAGAAGUGAAGAAACUAGUUACAUCAUUCAGUUGAGGUUCUUGGUCAUUAGAUGUUUGUUAGGCAUCUAUUAUGUACAAGACACACCAGUAAUGAUGUUGACAAGUUAAGUAUUCUUUGAGACACGGCCAAAAUACAAUUUAUUAUAAAUAAAUUAUCAUUUUUGCUGUUGUAAAUAUUAGUGGUUUACAAUGUGCUUUAAUGCAUAUUUCUUAAAAAUUCACACAGUGAGAAAUAAGACACCUUUGAAUUUAGUGCUCUGACUGUUUCUAAACUGAUAAUAGAGAAUAGAGAAUGUUACUUGGAGAAAGUCUGGAAUAGGUGGUGUACACAGCAGUGCUUAUGAAUGAGUUUCUUAGUUUUUACAAUGCACCACGUUUCUCAGUUUGUGUUUUUGUUACUAAAACAUUUUAUAAUGUAUAUCCUAUGUUUAUUACUUCUUCUUCCUUAGCUAAUUGGAUUAUGUACUGCACUGUAAGUUGAAGAUUAGCCAUCCAUUAUCUUCUGUGGCGAUGCAUGUAUAUCGUUGGCUGAGGGGGGAAUUUUUUACAGAAGGUGCAAAGUGUUUGAAUUUCUGACUUCCUAUUCCAGGGAGCUUUUUUCGACAUUAAUUUUCAGUUCAUUUUUCCAGUUUCCAUGCAAACUGCUCCUUUGUUACAUGCCUUCUAGUAAGAAGACAGUUGACUUAAAACUUGAGAGGGCCAUUCAGCUUGCCUGUUGUUUCUACUUCUCAGAUCUGUGUAGCACACUGGUUGGUAACCUUACAUCUUCGUUGAGUCUGUCUUUGCUAUUUCUCUUCCUCCUCAAGGACAUGGAUUGCCUUUUAUGUUUUUAGGAGAAAAGAGCAAAGAAGAAUAUCUUAUCCUCAUUUUCUUUGAGAUGGAAACAAACAAAAAUGAAGGACUCCAACUAGAAGAUAGACAUUUAAACUUAAAUAGAUUAAUGGAGAAAGAGUUUCCAAGUAUUAGUUUUUGUUUGUAGAAUCAGUUAAGAGACUGCUCCUUGUACUGGAGACACUAGCAUGUUUGUAAUGUUACCGUAAAGUUAUCUUAUUAUAUACGGCCCAUACAUAGAUUAAAUUCUUUUAAGAGGGGGCUACUAUCAUGGAUGUUUCACUGCCAUUAGCCAGGUUGAUGUGUUAUCAGUGGCAUCCUCAUCUACUUAUUUUAUUGCUUAAAAUUUUAUUUAAAAUGCUUUAUUUAGAAAACCAACAUAAUGUUUGGUGUCAGCCUUGCCAUGUACCAGUUUCACUUGAAAUUUGACACCAAUCACUGGUUGAGGGUGGAGAAAGAGGUACUGGAAAGCAUUCCGAUAAGGAUAUAUUUUUCUAUUUGCAAUAGUACCCUUUGCGUGGGAGAAGUUACUGUUCAGAGGAAGGCAGCUUACGGGGAUAAUGUUUUGUAUAUUAUUGAGCAUUUUCCUUACACUUUUUAAAAUUGUGUCAUUGUUGAAUGCCCAGUUUUGCUCUGUAUUUGCCUGAAGUUUUAGUAUCUGUUUUCCGGAUGGACUUCUGAAAACCAGUCCUUGGGGAGAUGAGAUGUGUGUGUUUUCAGGUUUGGUGUGUGUGAGUGGUUUUGCUUGCUUUUUGGUUGUAUUUUCCUCCAGAGGUUUGGAACUUUAAUCAAUAAUUCUGUGUAUGUUAUUUAAAGAAAAAAAGUGGCUUUUUUUUUCUCCUCAAGUAAAAUUGUGAACACAUUUGCUUCUCAAGGGCAGGGCAUCAGUUACAGAAACUGAAGAGUAUUGUAGAUUGUACUAUGUGCCUUCUUGAUGUGUUUCUGGACACACAACUUUUUCAACAACUUGAAAUCUAAAAAAGGGACAUUUGGUUAGGUUAUAUACUGUACAUCAAUCUAUGCAUAAAUGGCAGCUUGUUUUCUUGAGCCACUGUCUAAAUUUUUCUGUUUUUAUAGAAAUUUUUUAUACUGAUUAGUUCGUAGCUGGUCAGUUUUAUACACAGACUAAACAAUACAGCACUUUGCCAAAAAUAAGUGUAGCAUUGCUUAAACAUUGUGUAUUAACACCAGUUGUGUGUAAUUGGGUUCAGUGGUGCAUUCUGCACCACCUGGAGUUAUGGUUCUUAAUCUUCAGUAAAUAAAAAAUGUCCUUUAACUUCA